GUCUUGCAGUAGGCGAAGACGUUAUCUGCGCUUGAGAUAAAUCGGAACCGGAAGCAGCAACUUCACGUGGGAGGCUUUGCAGGUUUAUCCCUGAACCACAAGUGUUUCGUCCUGCUGAGUCAUCAUAUCGUUAUCGACGCUUGUUUAUUUUGAGCGUCACUAGUAGUGCCUAGACAUAGACCUAGUGCUUGUGCUAGUCCUACUCCUAUUGCUAGUAGUACUGCGCACUCCACCUUCAACUUUCAAGGUCUACAUCUACAAUUCGUAUCAGGUAUCUGACUCCGUUCCAGACUCAACUAUCCGCCCGUCCUCUUUCGUCGACCUCGACGUUUUCACAAACCACAAGCUCAAGCUGUAGCAUCAGUGCAACCACUACCCCACUCACGCCCACACUAACGUCGUGCAGCUACAUCUUCCUCUCCCUGAUCCCGCUCCACUACAACCAAGAAGGAGAUGGACAUUCUUGAUGUAGAGAAUCUUCUUACGCCGGCUCCCCAGCGGUUGACGGAUGUGCAUAAGAUCUUAGAACAAGCAAAAGGACAAUUUGAAGGCGUCGCAAAGUCGUCUCGGG